CUACGAGUCAAACAAUAGUGUUGACAACACUGAAAUGAGCUGUCAAGACGUUUUACCUUUGAGAGAAUGUAGAAACAAUUGAUUUUACACGUUUUAUAUAGUUGUUUUUCUGAGAUUAUUUACUUUGUUUAUGAAGAUAGAAUAUCUAGCCGUUUAACUGUCACACGAUGGCAGCCGCGGCUCAAAGCGAUUUAUCGAUCGCGGAGCUGAAGGCUGAGAUCGAGAGGCUUGGCCGCGAGCUCGACCAAGCCAGCAGCGAGAAGAUCCAGUCGGCGCAGCUGGGGCUGGUGCUGCUCGAGGAGAAGAGCGCCCUGCAGCAGCGAUGCGACGACCUGGAGAGCCUGUACGAGAACACCAAGCACGAGCUGGAUAUCACACAAGAGGCUCUUAUGAAACUAGACACAACACAAAAAGUAACUACAAGAAGUGGUAUAGAACAAGAAAAUGCUCUCCUCAACGAGUCUGCGGCCAUGGAGAGCUCGCUCACACUCCAGAUCCUGGAGCUGGAGAGUGAAAGCAAACAGUUACGUCACGAAUUAGAUCGUGUGGUGAGCGAAAGGGAUCGCUUGCUGGCGGAGAGUUCAGAGCUGGGCCAGGACAAGGCCACGCGGGAGUCUGAGCGGGUGGCCUUGAGGGCGGAGCUGCGCGAGGCGAGACAGCGGGAACAGAGGCUGCUCGUCGACAUCGGGGACCUCGAGGACGAGAAUAUAUCGCUACAGAAGCAAGUGUCCGCGCUCAGGUCCUCACAGGUUGAAUUCGAAGGUCUCAAACAUGAAGUCAGACAAUUACGUGAGGAAGCGGAGAAUGCUCGUGCGAUGGCCGAGGAGACGGCAGCUCUCCGCCGCAUCGCCGAGCGGCAGCUGGCGGAGGCGCUCGAGGCGCUGCAGGCCGAGAGAGAGGCCAAGUUCGCCGCUAAGAAGGAGCUCGACGCCCAUCUCAGCAGGGAAGCCGCAUACAAUAUCACCAACCUGGCGUACAGUAUACGAGGUAUGCCAGAAGACGGCACGGAGGACGAGGGCGAGCCGGGCGGCUCGUCGUCCGCCGAGCUCGCGAACGCGAUGGGUGACCACCACGCCGACCUCUUCUCCGAAGUGCAUCUACACGAGAUCUCUAGACUUGAGAAGCAGCUCGAACAAGCGCAUAAUGAAAAUGUGCAGCUGCAGGCGUCGAUGCGCGCGGCGCAGGUGACGGCGGAAAGCGAGAGCGCGGCGGCCGCGCUGCUGCGCACCGGCCUCACGCGCGCCGCCUCGCGCGUGUCCGCGCUCUCCGCGCUGCACUCCGACUGCGCGCCGCUGGAGGAAGAGAAGCUGGAGUCGGGCAGCGUGUCGGCGCGGGCGGCCAAGUGGCUGACGUGGUGGCGCGUGUCGGGCGGCGAGCUGGGCGGGCUGGGCGCGCUGCUGGGCGAGCUGCAGGCGGGCGCCGGCGUGCCCGAGGCGGGCGCGGGCGGCUCGGCCGCCGCCACGCAGCGCGCCGCGCUGGCGCAGCUGGCCGACCGCGUGGCCGAGGCCGAGGUGCGCUGCGCCGCGCUGCAGGCCGACGCGGACCUGCUGCGCACGCUCGCCGGAGGAGCGGGUCGCGCGCUAUCGACAGCGGCGCCUGCGCUGCUAUCGGCGGCGGAGACGCUGGCGCAGAUCUACCACCACGUGUGCGCAGUCAACGGCACGCAGCCUGAGCGCGUGCUGCUCGAGCACGCCGGACAGAACGACGUGUCUGGUGCGGAGGGUCGCGGAGCGGAGGCGGAGGCGCUGGCGCUGGCGGCCGGAGAGCUGGAGGGGCUGCGGGCCGCGGCCGGCGUGGCGCGCUCGGCCGACACGCUGCUGGACCAGCUCACACACCUGCGGGCCGCGCUCGACACCGCGCUCGACUCGCGGCACAGGCACCAGCCCGUAAUGGAGACAGAAGAACGCGGCGCCGAGCUGGCGGAGCUACAGGAACAAGUGAUCAAACUGAAGUCCCUGUUGUCGACCAAGCGGGAACAGAUCGCGACACUCCGUACCGUUCUCAAGUCGAACAAGAACACGGCGGAGGUGGCCCUCGCCAACCUCAAGUCCAAGUACGAGACGGAGAAGACCAUCGUCACCGAGACCAUGCUCAAGCUCAGGAACGAGCUGCGCCUGCUCAAGGAGGACGCUGCCACCUUCUCCAGUUUGCGUGCGAUGUUCGCGGCCCGCUGCGAGGAGUACGUGACGCAGGUGGACGAGCUGACGCAGGCGCUGGCCGGCGCCGAGGAUGAGAAGAAGACGCUCAACCAGCUGCUGCGGCUCGCCGUGCAGCAGAAACUGGCGCUCACGCAGCGGCUCGAGGAGCUCGAGGUGGACCGCGAGAUGCGCACGCGCCGCGUCCCGAAGGCGGGCGCGGCGGGGCGCGCGCGCGGCCGCGACUUCUAGCGGCUCGUGUGCGCGCUCAAGGCCGCCGCCGCCGCCCUGCGCGCGCUGCUGGCGCACAAGUGAGCGCGCCGCUCUGUGCAGGCCCGCGACCAGAGGCUCUUACUCUGCGAACUUAUAAACUAUACAAGUAAACUCAUAGACAUUGGCCGGCGGGGGCCUAGUAGUUAAGCGGUGGUGUUAUAAUAAUAGUAAAGUUGACUGAUUUUUACCGCGAGCAGCCGCGGGCUGCGGCCGGGUCUCGGCCGCCGCGCCUCCCUCGAGUUCUUCACCCGCGCACCGACGAUCGAGUGUUUUUAUAUCGAAUUUCCUUAAUAUAUCUGUCUAUGUAUUGCACGUCGUAAAAUUGAUGUUUAUCGAGUAUUUUUGUAAUAGGAUCGGUGUAUUUUAUUACUCAAAUGAAUUUAUCGCCGUUAUUACGAUAUAUGCAGAUGACACUGAAACAGACAACGCACUACGCUGUCCUGCGCAUGAGUCGAUGUAACAGAUUCCUCGCGUGAUGCGUAGCGCGUCGUCUGUCCCGCUCACGUGCGUCGAAGGCACAUUUUCUUAUUCAUGUGAUUGAACGGAGGUUACGAUAAUCAGUGCGACGUUAUUUUUUAUGAUAUACAUUAUAUUUAUUGUUCGAAACUUAUUAUAAUAAUAGAAUCCUCUACUCGAUACGAAUAUUUAGUACGUCCAGUUAAAAAUUUCUAAAAUGAAGAGAACAUAUUCGUCGACGUCCAUCCAUUGUGUGCGCAAAAAGACUAUGUAAUCUGUUCUGUAGUGGAUACGUUUGUUGUGUUGUUGUGGCCCUCUGCCGAAUACUUUCGUCCAUCUUGUUCUAGUUGUACUCGUAGUGUUUCAGUAUGUUUCGUUAGUGACGUUAGACUGUCGCGGGCCGGGUGCGCAGGCGCAGCCCGCGCCCGCCGCGCCCGGCCCGGUUGUGUUACUGUGCCGUCCUGUGGCCUCGCCACUCGCGUCCAUUUCUUGUCCAUGAGCCGGCCGGCGUCUCUGAUGUUACACAAGCCUAUACUCACCACAUCAACUUCUGUAUCUCAAGCAUUUAAUCAAUAUUAUUAUAUAAACAAAUGUAACGAACCAGUCGUCCUAGUUGCUCAAUCUUUGCUCACGGGCGUCGGCCGGCGAAUCUAUUGAUAAGACAAAAUUUACAAAAAAGAAAAAAGAUUUUAUUAAGUGUUACGUAUUUAUUGUUUACGUUAUCGGAUGUGAUAUUGGCAGCUUCCCGCCGGGCGGCGCGUCCGCUCGGCGACAUCGUCGUUGACCUUCCCUAGCGUCUCGGUGACCUUAGGCUAGUAGGACCGUUCCAUGUAGCGAGGGCACUCGCCCUAGUAGGUAUUUUUACUGGUUUAGGAUAGAGCUAGAUACAUUAACCUUCAAGUAUACUUAGUAGGUAAUCUAGCGAGGUUACAGUUCUCGAGUAGUGAAAUUAAUUUGCAAUAUGAACUGUCGUAGCAUAAUUAGUUGCAUAGCUCAAAGGGCGGAGCGACUUGGCGGCUGUGAGCCGCGUCGCCCGCAGGACCAUCGCCUUGCAUUUAUUGUUUAUAUUAUAGAUGUAAUUAUAUAUUGACUAGCUUUCAUUAGAGCAUUCUUCAUGUACUUAAACGAUGGACUUACACCGAUGGUUAGCUUUUAGUAUGUAUUUUCCUUUGUAAGUAUUAUUGUUUAUGAGGUAGCUUAGCAGCAGACAUCGUUUAUGUAUUGUAUGUCUAGUCACCCGGCCGCGCCGCCGCCACGAUAUGAUUGGCUCGGCGGCGGCGCGCGCCCGGCAAGCAUCCACAUGAUCAUAUUUUUAUAUGCUAUUUGUUAUAAGAGCAAUGUUUUCUAUAAAAAGAUAUUCAUUGCGACAUUAAAAUGUCUGUAUUUUACGACACUGUUGAGUUUGCCUUAUUCACUUGACAUGUUUUGGAAAUAGUUUAUUUGAUUCAGAUGUAUUGUUGUUUGUUGUGACCGACUAUAUGCUAGAGCCGAUGCUGUUUCACGCGCGGCUCUACGUAUUACAAGUUCAAGUAUUAGUGCAAUUAAAUUUUGGUUGUUUCUUAUACAUAUAUUUGUCUGUAUUAUAUUCAGUAUUUUUGUAUGGUGGGCAUCGCUCGAUGUCUGCUGCCACUUGCCGGUGGUGGUGAUCACAGCGAUUAACCAAAAAUAAUAUUUUUCUUUAUACAUUUAACAUUUAGAUAAUUAUUUUGCUUAGGCAUAGAUAUUACGUUAUACUAUAGAGUAACUAUUGAUUAUGAGUUAUUAUUUAAAGAGUUUUUGUUAUAAAAUGCCAGCUACUUUAUUAUUGUAUUGCGACAUGAUUUAGGUGUUGGACAACUGAAGCAUGAAUGUUCCCACUUGACGUGGUCUCAUUUUAAUCUGUAGCUGAGUAAGACGUCAAUUAUCUGGAGGCUGGGUGCGGCCGCGAGCCCGCAGUCCCGUGACCCGCGCUGAGACUCGCGUAUCGUGUGUACUGAUGUAGUGUGACAAGCGCUUGCCGGACCGGACCCACGCUCCUCAAUAUUGCACACUUUGAUGGUUCACUCUGAAUUCAGACUUAUUUACACAGAUGGCCACUUAUUUAUUUGCUUGAGUAAUCGAACCAGAUUACAAGUCUUUUGGAAUCUCAACAGUACCCUACGAGCUUUUUACGAUAUAUAAAUGCGGUGUUGUGUGAGUAUUCACCGACAGAUGUAAUGAACCGCCGGGAACAUAUCAUGAUAGAGCGGAUUUAUUUUCACCGUGUAAGGCACGCCGUGUUGUCACAAUGACUGAUUUGAAUCAUGUAUGAGAAUAAUAAAUGAUAUAUUUAAAACAUU